AUGGACCUUGACGUCACGGGUGAGAAAAGACUCCUGCAGUUGAAUGAAUUAGAUGAGUUCAGACUGCACUCUUAUGAAAAUGCUAAGCUAUAUAAAGAGAAGACUAAAAGAUGGUAUGACAAGCGUAUCAAGCCACAUCACUUUGAGCCAGGCCAACAGGUAUUAUUGUUCAAUUCUAGACUAAGGCUAUUUCCUGGGAAGUUAAAAUCGAGAUGGCCAGGCCAUUUUGAGGUGGUGAGAGUCACUCCUUAUGGUGCAUUUGAGUUGCGAGCUUUAAAUGGUAAAAGAAAAUAUAUGGUGAAUGGACAAAGAGUCAAGCAUUAUUGGGGAGGAAUAGUUAAUCGUGAGAAGACCAAAGUUGUACUCGCUGACGAGUAA